AUGUACUUAGCUUUGGAAACAUUACUAGCCAUAGUGGCAGCCCUGGCUCGAGCCCUGUGGGGCAUGGAGCUUGAGCCACAGUUCAAUGAACCCUACCUCUCAACCUCUCUCCAAGACUUCUGGGGUCGAAGAUGGAACAUAAUGGUGACCCGAAUUCUACGCCCGACUGUUUACGAACCUGUGCUCCAUACUUCAUCUCGGGUCAUGGGCCGAAAAUGGGCUCCACUUCCUGCCAUUUUCAGCACAUUUUUGGUGUCCGCCAUAAUGCACGAGCUUAUAUUUUAUUACUUGGGUCGUACAUGGCCCACAUGGGAAAUCACAGGGUUCUUUUUGCUCCAAGGUGUCGCUUUAAUGGUUGAGGUUGCAAUCAAGAAGGCGUUUUCCGGCCGGUGGCAGUUGCCUUGGAUCGUCACGGCUCCAUUAACUAUCGGGUGUAAGUCAAUGGAAAGAACCUUUGCAGAGUACGCAGCAAUGGGUUCAUUUGUGAAAGAUGUGGGCACGGCUUUAACGUCCAAGUAUCUCAACAAUGUAACAACAGUUUAG